UUGGUUAUUCCAACCGUGAGAAAACAUUACAUUUGCAUUUUACUCUUUCUGGAUCGUGCGAGACAAAAUUUCAAACGCUUCGCUGCGUUUGAAUCAUGUAUUGGAGCAUUGAACUUUUUACUACACCCAAGUGCUGAUUAUUUUUGAAAUAUUUUGUGAACGUGUGGAAUAAAGGCAGUGCUUAAUUAUCGAUGGCUGAGGUCACUCCAACAACAAUUGAGGAAGUAAAUCCUCCUAAAGAAAACGAUGGCAGCAAAGCAGAUGAAACUACUUUUAAAGCAGAUGAUGCUGUUACUACUGAUGGAAGAAACGUUAAGCAAAUAAAAUGUGACAUAUGUCAAUCUACAAUUUUAGUUCCUGGAAUUGCCACCUUAGUGACACAUGAGUUUAAGUUGCCUGAUCUAAAAGGAGAAAAAGCUACUAGAGAUGUAAUCAACAAAUAUUGGUGUGUGGAAAACAUGUAUGCAUUUGAAAACGUUGGUUUCAGUAAUACUGUAGAUGGUGUUAAAUAUUUGGUGUGUGCUGACUGUGAAGUAGGACCUAUUGGUUGGCAUGACUUAAAUACCAAACUUUCUUAUGUAUCGGUAUGCAAGAUUAGUUACUGUUAAUAUAUCUAUUUUUUUUAAGUAUUGGAUGGUUUUGAAAAAACAUCUGCACUAAGAGUAAAUCUGUGAUUAUUAUUAUUUUGUAUGCAUGUGAAUUUUAAAAAUCAUUCCAAUAUUCUGGACUUGGCUAAGGAAAUGGUUUAUAAAGUGAUAUGUUCCUUUUACCCAAUGUAUAAAUAUCAUUAUUUAUGUAAAGGAGAUUUUUAUUGGUAUCUGUCCUAGAUAUUGCCUUAAAAAUACAAAGAACUACUUUUUAAAUUCAAUUUCAUUUGUAUUAUAUGCAUUUUUAGAAGGAAAAAAAUGCAUAUUUUAUAUAGUGAUACAUAGAAAUUUUGAAUCAUCCUCUUUGAAGAUAGUUAUACAUCUGAGAUAUGUGAGACCUUCAAUAAAUAAUGAUUCAGUGGAUACCCGCAUCAUGUAAAGAUUUGUUAUAGUUGAAGAAUAUUGCUAAGAUAUUUAUCUCUGCAGGAAAUCAAGUAGACAGUUGCAUUCUCUUUUGAAACCACCACAGCAUUGUACUGUAGAAGCAUUUUUGGAUUUUUGUUCUGGGUGAGCGUUGUCAUGGUCAAAAAUGAUUAUUUUAUAUGAAUUAUCCAUUGUAGCUAGAUUAACUUUUUUCCUAUAACAUUCUUUUUUCCCCUUUGUAUUCUCGAAAUUCAUUUCUUUGCUUGAUGAUCUAAAUUUGCUGAAAGCAUAAUGACUGGUUUGGAUAGUACAGAUGGCAGUUGAGCUCUCUUGGAGGCUUUAAUUAAAUUCUUUCAAAUUAUUAUCGCCCAUAACCUCAAUGGUUUGUGUUAACCUUUGAAUCAUUAUUUAUUAAAUGUCUCUUAAAUCAGUAAUAUUCUUUUUGAAAUUCUGUAAUAAACAUUUUCUGAAGAUAUUGUCAUUAUUAAAUAUGUUCUUUGUUUAUGUAUAGGUAUCUAUUAGAUAAAUAAUAAAAUAUUAUUCAUCUUUUAAAGAGAAUUGGAAAAGUAAAAGUACAACAAAAAAUGUUGACUGGGUCAUUUUCAAAGUUGAGCAUUCAGAUUGAAGUUCUUUUGAUGUUAACAAUGCUUUUUAUUUCCUUCUAAAUAAAAUAAUUUAAUUUAAGCAUAUGUUCUUAAAUGAUAUGACUUAUCAGAAACCCUAUGCUGAUUUUAAGUUUGCUUCUUUCUAAGAUAUGAAAAUGUAUAAAAGUUUUUUUCCUUUUAUCUUUUGACUAUGACAUACUAAAUUCGUCAUUUUUAAAGUUGGUGAUUUAGUUAAAAAAAAAAAAAAAAAAAAGUAUUUCACUCUAUUUUAAGUAUUAAAAACUUGAUAUUUGUUAUUAACUUGAGACCUAUGUAAAUUUAGGCAUAUAUAACGAGUUUCAUACAAAAUUCUUCCAAUAGUCUUGCACUUGGAUACCUUUCGAUUUAUACAUUAAUUCAUAGUUCUGUUUAAUAUUUAAAUAAUGAAUAAGCAAAUAUUGGUUGAUAAGUGCUUUUCUUUCUUCUUAAAAUAUUGGAAAAUAUAUAAAUAUCUAGUUCCUUAAGAUUAUAUUUGCAAUUGCAUAUUUUUGUCAUUUCUCAUUAGCAAUAAAACUUUUUCAUCAUGUUGUAAUGAAAUAAGGGAUAAUAUUAUAUGCAGGGUCAUUAGAGAUCCAACAGAUUUGUGUAGACAUGGAUUCCUAAUGUCUGGACUGUAUAUUCAUGGGAUUGGUACACUGGAUUUCUCAAAAUCCAAACAGCAGAGGUAAAAAAAAAUCCAUUGAUACAAUUUAGGUACUACAUAUAAAGAUAUGAUUAAUAAUGAGAUGCAUGAUCAAAGAUUGCCAUGUAAUUUAAUCUAUGGCCACAAAAGUUUUUAAUUAAUUAGUAAAAGGAAGUUUUAAGAAAAGGAGUUAAGUUUUU